CUCGUUCCCCAACGAGCAAGAGACACAUCGUUUCCCCCAAAUCUCACCCCAGGUGCUACUCCCGUUCUUCCGCCAUCGCCAUGGAGGACGCCGCGAACGCCACCCAGACCACCUCCACCACCUCGUCGGUGGCCGCCGUAGCCGCGGCGGCCCAGCACCAGCAGCUCCAGCGCCAGCUCUUUCUCAUGCAGCAGGCUCAGGCUCAGGCGCAGGCCCAGCCCCACCCGCAGGCGCAGCAGCUGUCGCAGCAGGCCAUGUCCCGCUUCCCGUCCAACAUCGACGCCCACCUCCGCCCCCUCGGACCGCACCGCUUCCAGCAGCCGGCGCCGUCGCAGCUCCAAACCCCACCCCAGCCGCACUCGCAGGGGCAGCCGCACCCCCAGCCGUCCCCGCAGCAAGCGGCGCAGGCUAGGGUCCGGAGCCCCGAGGUGGAGAUGGCGCUUCAGGACGCCAUGCGGGUCUGCAACCCGGACAUCAAGACGCCUUUCCAUUCUCUCGAGGACGCCGUUAGCAGGUUAUUGCCUUACCAUGUUGUUGCUGACUACGAGGCUGAAGAAGAUGACAGGAUCCUUGACAGCGACGCAACUGGCCAGAUUCCCUCUCGUCUUCAGCAAUGGGAUCAUAACAUUCUGGUAAAAAUUGCUGAGUUCACAACAACUUUUGAGAAGCAAGUGUUGGCAUACAACAUAAUGACCAAGAAAAGGGCCAUUGGUGAGUUUCGAUCGGAGGAGCGACUCAUGCUAGAGCAAGCUUUGUUACAGGAGGAGAAGCAGGCUUCGAUGGAACUAAGAGCAGAGAUAGAAUCUAGGGAGAAAGCAGGCCGCGAGGCUGCUGAAGCUAAGAUGCGUAUGGCCAUGGCUGAGCAUGCUCGAGUGGAAGCUCAAGCACACCCUGAGGUAAUUGGUCAUGGCCCUUUGAGGGCCAAUGCUGCUGCUUCCCAAGGCGAUGAUGGUCCUAGUCAUGACAUGGCACAAGAACAGGUUGAAGAUGGAUGGGAAAACACUCAAAGGGAUGAUGAUGAUCCAUCCGAGGAUUUCCUCAAUGAUGAGAAUGAACCAGAGAAUGGAAACUCUGAUAUGCAAGAGGAGUGGCGGCGAUCGGGGGAAUUUGAUCUAAACUCUAGGUAAGACUGCAAGGGGUACGGCGUCGGUGGUGGCAAUCUGAUCUGAACUCUAGGCAAGAUAGGUGCACCCGACUUGAGAAAAGGCUUGAGGAUGCAUCGGCUGGUGCCUGGUAACUUGUCUCUAGUUAUCUGAUUAUAUAUGUUUUGAAGAUAACUUGUCCUGUCAUUGUGGCUGUAAACACGCAAUUCAAAACUAGUACUAUUUAGCUUUUCUUUUUGAGAAAACUAGUACUCCCUCCGCAAACUAAUAUAAGAGCACUACUCAUGUGUUUAAACAGUGUUUAGAAUGUUAA